UCACCACACCUCACCUCCAUAUAUAAUUAUUAAAUUAAAAUAAAAUGGUCUCUCUUUUACCAACUCCCUUUAGCUAUUAGCUUCUCCAUUAUUUCCAUAUAUUUCUUCCCCUUCCCUUGGCUUCCUUCCAUUAAUCCAUAGUACUGUGUGUUUCUCACACACUCUCUCAAUGGGCAGAUCUCCUUGCUGUGACAAACAACACACCAACAAAGGUGCAUGGACCAAAGAUGAAGACCAACGCCUUAUCAACUACAUCCAAAUCCAUGGCGAUGGUUGUUGGAGAUCUCUCCCGAAAGCCGCCGGAUUGCUUCGGUGUGGCAAGAGUUGUCGGCUUCGAUGGAUCAAUUAUCUCCGUCCAGACCUUAAGAGAGGAAAUUUUACUACUGAGGAAGAUGAAAUCAUCAUCAAUCUUCAUAGUCUACUUGGUAACAAGUGGUCUUUAAUUGCGGCACGGUUGCCUGGGAGGACGGACAACGAGAUAAAGAACUAUUGGAACACGCACAUCAAACGCAAACUCUACAACCGAGGAAUCGACCCUCAAACGCAUCGUCCACUGGUGAAUAGUAGUAGCACCGGCGACAUUGACCGACGACGGGAAGAUUCAAACAGCAACAGCAGCAACAGUUGUUUGACGACGGAGGUUGAAGAAAACCCACCAUUGAAUCUAAAUCUAGAGCUCUCCAUUGGCCUUCAUCCCCAUAACCCAAUCACCAAAAACCCCAAACGAAAUGGGGAAGCUCCUGUUUUCUUCCAAUUUUGUGCACCACAAACAGAAUUAGAAACUGAAACUUCCUCCUCCACCCCCCAUCUCUUUAGAUAUUACACAUCAUCCCCUUCUUAACAUUUUAAUUUAUAUUUAUCUCCACAUUGCCUCACUUUUUCAUUUCUCAACUUACUUACCCUUUUGUGAUCAUUUCCCAAUAACUAUAAUAUGGUUUAUUAGAGAUAUAAUAUAUAUAUGAUCCAUAUAUAUAUAUAAUUUUCA